GCACCUAAUAUAACAUCACAGGGAUAUUCUAUGUUGUAAGAGCCCAGCCCGACGUUCACCAAGGCAGCCGCCCUAGUAUGCGCAGAACCAGACUAUUGGGUCUAGCCCUUACGCCUAUGCCUCCUCUCAUGUCUCUCCACAUAGGUGGAUAUAACGCAGGAUUUUACUGCUCUGGGAAGCCUGGCAGAUGGGUUUUGUGAUGAUUCCCGAGCAGACCGGAGAAAGCCAUCGAGAAUACGAAAGGUCAUCUCUUUCGUCGUCUGAGCUGAAUCUCCAUAGGGAAUUUCGCACAGGUACCGGAUUGCCUUGACUGGGAUAUAAAAUGGGCAGCAGGAAGCACUCAGUUUUGCUCACCCAUCCAUGGCUUGUCACAUUAGGUCGAGUAGCAUCUAGAUUAUCUCAACGUAGCUCAAUAGCUCUUCGCGCUUCCAGUCCUUAAUCCUUCAUCACUCCGCGCAUUCUCCAGAUGCGUUUUUCACUAGGCAACAUCGUCUCGAUUGGUCUUCUAGCGCGGCUCGGCCAAUGUGUUCCGUCGCGGCCUACCACGCUCGAGCCUCGAGGCCCCGGAGCCUGCUUUACCCCUUCCAAUCGAGCAUGUUGGAGCCCGGGGUUCGAUAUUAAUACCGAUUAUGAAACUAAGACCCCUCCAGGUGUCGUGAGGACUUUCAACUGGGAAGUGACAGAGCAUGACAACUGGACUGGUCCAGAUGGGAGGAUUAAGAGCAAAGUAAUGCUCGUCAACAACCAAUACCCCGGGCCUACCUUGAAAGCCGACUGGGGUGAUACCGUCGUGGUGAAUAUCAAGAACAGUCUUAGGAUCAAUGGCACCUCGUUUCACUGGCAUGGUAUACGUCAGUUGGGUACUAAUAUCAUGGAUGGUACCAACGGGGUAACUGAAUGCCCUGUUCCACCAGGAGCAAGCAAGACGUACACAUUCAGGUUUACCCAGUACGGGACGACCUGGUAUCACUCUCACUUCUCUGGGCAAUAUGGCAAUGGCGUCUUUGGACCCAUCGUCAUCAACGGUCCAGCUUCGUUGCCCUAUGAUAUAGACCUUGGUGCCUAUCCCAUCAACGAUUACUAUCUCAAGACAGCGGAUGAACUCAUCGUUGAAACACAGCACACUCCAGCUCCACCGAAGAGCGACAAUGUCUUGUUCAACGGAACGAAUAUUAACCCGGCCGGUAGCGGCGGCGCCUACUCCAGGAUUACAGUGACCCCUGGAAAGCGUCAUCUCCUGAGAUUAAUCAACACUUCCGUUGAAAACAACUUCCAAGUGUCAAUUGUUGGCCACGACAUGACCGUGGUCGCGACGGACUUGGUCCCAGUCAACUCGUUCACCACGAACAACGUCUUCCUCGGCAUCGGUCAGCGCGUGGAUGUGACCAUCGAUGCCUCGAAGACGCCAGGGAAUUACUGGAUGAAUGUCACCAUGCCCGCAAGCAGUCGCUGCGGCCUCUCACUCAACCCGGCACCGGCUGCCAUCGUACACUACGCGAACGCGCCAGUCGCCAACCCGACCACCCCUGGGAUUCCGCCGCCAGACGCCCAAUGCAGUGAUUCUCUGAGCUAUGUGCCGGUUGUAUCGCGUCAAGCACCAUUAAACCAAUUCACGCCUGGCCCGAAGAACACGCUCGACAUAAACUUCCAAACCUCGCCCCUCGUGUUCUGGACCAUAAACAACACCUCGAUCAACGUGGACUGGGACAGACCGGUGCUAGACUACGUAUUGAAAGGCAACACGUCGUACCCGGCCUCCGAAAACGUCGUCAUCGUAGACCAAAAAGACGUCUGGACGUUCUGGGUGCUCGAGAACAUACCCAACGUGCCGCACCCGAUCCAUCUGCACGGGCACGACUUCCUCGUGCUCGGCACGGGCGCGGGCAGCUUCACAGCAGCGGACAAAGCGAGCCUGCGAGGCGCCAACCCGGUACGCCGGGACGUCACGAUGCUGCCGGGCCAAGGGUGGCUCGUGCUCGCCUUCAAGGCGGACAACCCGGGGAACUGGAUCAUGCACUGCCACAUUGCGUGGCACGUCAGCGGCGGGAUGGCGGUGGACUUCCUCGAGCGCGUCCCGGAGCAGAAGGCGCAGGUCAGCGCCGCCGACUCAACGGCUUUCCAGGAUAAUUGUGCGCGGUGGCGUGGUUACUUUGACAAUAGCGGGAUCGUGAAGAUCGAUUCGGGUCUGUAAGUAGGGGGGUGUUGAGCUGGGUUCUCUCGAUCUACCUACCUACCCUACCUACCUCGGGGUUUCCUUCCUUAAUGUCCCAUAGCUUUGAAUAUAUUCUUCCUUUUCUCUGCUCUAUUAUUAUGACCUCGGGAUUUGUGAUCUUAUGGUGGGCGAUGUAUAUCGUUCUUCUUUUUCCUUCUCGUAUAUAUUUAGUUGUAAAUUAGGGUGGUUAAACCUGCGAGUAUCGGUGAAAGGUUCGAUCGCAUGGUUGCUAUCAC